UUCUUCAACCUUUUACCAGCUACACAGCGUCCGAUUCCAAUCACGAUACAGAUAUGCCAGCCUUCGCAGCUCGCCGCCAUUCCCCAUCGUCAGAUCCGACCUCAGAGACCAGAGUUGCCGUUACUCCUCGGAAAAACCGCCUCAGAUCCGAUCCGGAUGCUGCAAUCGCAUCGCCGCUGCGUAAAUCUCCUCGAUUGUGCAAAGAAGGAAGCCCUAAUAGCUCCCCCAAGAUUGAAGUAAUCAGAAAAUGCCUGAAAUCAUCAUUGAAUUUGAGUGGAUCGCCUGAGAAGAAGCAAUUAUCGGAGGAUUUUGUUGAGAGACAGACUUGGGAUCCAAGAGCAGAGGAGACGCAGCUGAGAGCUGUUAAUGAGGCAUUGCAUCUAUCAACUGCCCCACCUAAUGUUGUAUGCCGUGAAAAUGAGCAGAACCGGAUCUUGGAUUUCUGCAAGAAAUGCGUUAAGGAAGAGAAGGCUGGAAGUCUGUAUGUGUGUGGGUGCCCGGGAACUGGGAAGACGUUGUCGAUGGAAAAAGUAAAAGUGAUGCUUGUGGAUUGGGCAAACAAGGAAGGUGUACAGCCUCCAGAUGUAUUGUCAAUCAAUUGCACUACUCUUGCAAACAUGAGUGAGAUUUUCAGCAAGAUUCUUGGUCAAACUCAUUCUGGGAAGAAACCUAGUCCUUCUACAUCAUCUUUGCAGCAGCUUCAGAAAUUGUAUUCUCAACAUACACCUGGCAUGAAGAUGAUAUUGGUUGUAGCUGAUGAGCUGGAUUACUUGAUUACCAAAGACCGAGCUGUGCUUCAUGAUCUUUUCAUGCUAACAACUAUGCCUUUCUCCAGGUGUAUUUUGCUAGGGGUUGCUAAUGCUAUUGACUUGGCCGACAGGUUUAUCCCAAAACUACAAUCCUUAAAUUGUAAACCUAUGGUCAUAACCUUUUGUGCCUACUCCAAGGAUCAGAUCAUCAAUAUUCUUCAAGAAAGACUAAAGGCACUUCCCUAUACUGUUUUCCAGCCACAAGCACUGGAACUCUGUGCCAGGAAAGUUGCUGCAGCAUCUGGAGAUAUGAGAAAGGCUCUUGCAGUGUGCAGGAGUGCAAUUGAAAUGCUAAUAGGCGAGUCUAUGUUAUCAUCAGUAGAUGGGACUGACGAUCAACAAAAGCCUGCUGCAAACAAUAUGACGUCUAAUCAAGUGAGAAUACAUCAUGUUGCUGCUGCAUUAUCAAAGGUGUAUAAAUCGCCAGUAAUAGACACAAUUAUAUCACUGCCCCAACAUCAACAGAUCAUCCUCUGCUCAGCUGUGAAGCUUUUUCGAGAAGGAAAGAAGGGCACAACCCUCGGAGAGUUGAAUAAAUAUUACGUGGAUGUUUGUAAAUCGACUAUGAUCCCUCCAGUUGGCAUUUUGGAGCUCUCAAGUAUGUGCAGGGUGCUAGACGACCAGGGAAUUCUUAAACUUGGACAAUCAAGAGAGGAUAAGCUAAGAAGAGUGACAUUAAAUGUUGACGGAGCAGACAUUGUUUUUGCACUGCAGGGAGUUCGAUUCUUCCGGAACUGUCUGAAGUGAUUAUUUGGAAAAGAGUCGUGAUCCUUUGCUGGUUGUUAAACCAUAUUAAGGAGAGGUAAGGCAAACCAACAUAUGCAGCACCUACAUUUGGUCAAGUAUGAAUUCAUCUCUGUGGUCUGUCGUAAUACUCAGAUGCAAUGUAUAAAUUGAAAAACGAGUGCUUGAAGCAAAUGAGCUCAUAUGGAUGCUUGAGGAAGUAAACACAACAAAGAGGAUGAAAUGGCAAGCAAGGAAAUCAUACACUGUAAUGUGUAGAAGACUGAGCAUUAUUUUGACAUAAAUUAUACUCCUAAAAUAGAAUAUAGUAGGUUAUUUUUCAGCAGUCCAUCAUUUGGCUGCGGGUUCUUUUAUAUAAUCAAUAAGAAUGCAAUCAGUUUUUUUGUUAUUAGAAAUACAUUUCCAUUCUUCUGGAAGAGACUUGACUACUGAUAUAGUAUGAGAAUUAUUUUUGGUCUCAGUAGUUACAAGUAUAAUU